AGAGAUUUUAUAAUCAUAACAUGGCUUCUGAAAACAUUGUUCGGCAAAGGAAAAAAAAAGAAUUUAAAGACGAACAGGAUGAUAAAGCUGACGAAUUGAAAGAUAAUGCAUUACACAAUGAUAAUAUUAAAAAAACUGAAGGCCACUUAGCAGGCGGUUAUUGGCUAACAAGAAUACUACUUCUGCGAUUUCUAGCUUUUAUCCAAUUUACGGCAUUCCUUGUUGCUCUUAAUCAGAACCGUGCCUUAUUGGGUAAGAAUGGUUUGCUACCCGCCGAUUCUUAUUUGAAGCGCAUAAAAGAACAUAGUAAAUCAACACAAACUAAUCACUGGUCUCAUGCAGUCACUCUUUUAUGGUUAGUUGAUUACGAAACUGAUAUAGAUUACUGGCUGGAUUUAUUUGCCUACGCUGGAUUAGCGCUAUCAAGCUUUGUCUUUAUAAUUGGUGGAGCUAACGUGUUCAUAAUGCUAACAAUCUGGAUUCUAUAUCAUUCCAUAGUAAACAUAGGUCAGAGAUGGAUAAUGAUUGGCGCCGGUCUAAUAAAAAUAAGAGGGGAUCAAUGUUGGAGAGAUCUGACAUGCAUGAAUUAUCAUUAUCAAACUCAACCAGUUCCAAAUCCAAUUGCUUAUUACAUGCAUCAAGAGCCGGAAAUCAUGCACAAGGCUGAAACAAUGGUUAAUCACUUCGUCGAACUAGUUGUACCGUUUAUGUUAUUUCUCAACAGACGUUUAGUAAUAGUUGGUGGCUUUUUCCAAAUUCUAUUUCAACUAUUAAUUAUCAUCAGUGGGAAUUUAAGCUUUCUCAAUUGGCUUACAAUAAUCCCUUCCCUAGCUUGUUUCGAUGACACAUCAAUCUCAUGGAUGUUUACAACUUCGUCUAAAAAUAAGGCAAAGGAACUAGAAAUUAAAAGGAGAGUUGAUAAACAACAGUCUUGGUUUUCUAUUGUAAGAAAACUCUUUAAUUUUAGCGUAGGUGGCUUAAUAUUAUUUUUAAGCAUACCUAUUGUAAGUAAUUUAAUAUCUGAAAAUCAAAUUAUGAACACAAGUUUCGAUCCCUUGCAAAUUGUAAAUACGUAUGGAGCUUUCGGCAGACAAUGCUUAACAGAUAAAUCAACAAUUACAGUCAGAACCGUAUGGAAUCUCUGUUUUGGUGGUUUGAUUGCUUAUUUAAGUUUGCCCGUAGUUAAAAAUUUGCUAUCGUCUAGACAAGCUAUGAAUACAUCGUUUGAUUCGUUAAGAUUAGUUAAUACCUAUGGUGCAUUCGGCAGUAUAACAAAGGAAAGGACGGAAGUUGUUUUCGAAGGAACCUAUGACGAUCCUACUUUACCUAAUGCCAAGUGGUUAGAGUAUGAGUUCAAUUGUAAGCCAGGAGACGUGAAAAGGAAACCUUGUCUGAUAUCACCGUAUCAUUACAGACUUGACUGGCUCAUGUGGUUUGCCGCUUUUCAAAAUUAUCAGUAUAACAAUUGGUUAGUACACCUGGCGGGAAAAUUUUUGGUAAAUGAUGAACUUACUAUGUCUUUAAUUGCUCAUAAUCCUUUCGAUAAGAAACCACCUCCAAAGUUCGUACGUGCUCUACACUAUCGAUACACUUUUACCCCAAUUGGUAGUGAAGAUUAUAAAUUAGGGAAGUGGUGGAAUAGAAAGAGAAUUGGAGAAUAUUUGCCAAUAAUUAACCUGGAUUCUAUUCGCCCCUACUUAAGGAGUCAAGGAUGGCAUAUUCCUAAACAACAUUAA